AUGCCCAACCAGAACAAACCUACACCACCACUGGAUGAAAUCGCACCCCAUAUCCUUCGACUGUGGAAGGCCCGCCAGACUGAUCGGCAGAUCGUUCAGGAAUUACAAAAGCAUAUCGACACCAAUCGUUAUGGUAUUGGGCUUACCACACUUCUCAAAAUUCGCAAAACCAUGGGUCUUCAACGGACCCGCAAACAGGGUCACACGGUUGAAACUAUUCGUGAUGCGAUGCUUGCUUUACGUGCUACCUAUCCGAAUGCUGGAGCCCGCGAGAUGGUGAGCUUGCUAUAUCAUGAAAGAGAAAUGAGUGUUGCUAGGAGGGUUGUGACAGAAUACUUUGCUUUGUAUGAACCGGAACUUGUUCGUUACCGUAAGGCUUGUCGCCUUCGAAGAAGACGCUUCUGGGCAGCAGGCGUGAACGACUUAUUCGCGGUCGAUCAGCACGAUAAGUGGUUGAGAUUUGGUCUCGGGUUGCACACUGGCAUCGAGCCUUUCUCCGGUCGCAUAAUGUGGAUUCGGGUAUGGCAUUCCAACCAAAAUCCACAACUCAUUCUGAGUUACUACCUCGACACAAUCGAGGCUCUCGGUCAUAUGCCGAUGGUCACUCAAAGUGACCCCGGGUCUGAAAAUUACGGGAUCGUGAACGCCCACACCAUGCUGCGACAGUGGCACGACGAAGCCUUGCAUGGCACACUCCAGCAUCGUUGGAUGCGAAGCAAGAAAAACGUCAUGCCGGAGAUUACAUGGUCUCAGCUGCGCCGCCGGUUCACACCCAGAUUCGAGAGUCUUCUAGAUCAUGGUGUUAAUUCUGGUUGGUAUGAUUCCGGUAAUACCCUUCAAGUGAUGGUUUUCCGUUGGGUGUUCAUACCGUGGCUCCAGCAGGAGCUGGAUGCAUAUCGGGAUCGUGUUAACAACACGGCCAAGCGCCGUGACCGUAACAAAAUUCUUCCUCAUGGAGUACCGAAUAUCAUCUACCAUUCAGCUGAGGACUUCGGUGCUUUAGAUUUCAAGAUUAAAAUCGAACACGAGGCCCUAGUUUAUGUCCGAAACCUUUACAUCAAGUCUUCUCAUUGUGUGUUUGACCUGGUCCCAGAGGCUUUCGGCAAAUGCAUCCAGCGUCGUUAUGACGAUCUUGGUCGCCCGGUUGUCACGCGACAAUCAGCCUGGGACACAUAUCGGCUUUUACUAGAUGCACUCCGUGUCGCUGACGAGUUGCCAGGCCAGAUUCAGCCGCUGGAUGAUGAAGACGAAGACUUUGUUCCACUUUUAGACGACUAUCAAGACUUACCUUCUCGUGAGGAGCCUGAUGGCGCCUAUUACAUGGGCGGUGUGGGAGGAGGCAUUGGCCUUGAUACUGAACACCUUCAUCAACUAGAUAUUCUUUCGUCUAAUGAUGAGCCGCCUGAUGUCACACUCGGGACUGAUGAAAACUUGGUCGGUCUUGAUCAUGCCGGUUUGGUGAUUUGGGAGUUCUCGGACUGUGAAAGCGACGAUGAAGCAGAUAAAUGGUGA